GAAUGAGAGCUUGGCAGUUUAAUGCAGUGUCAACCGGUUUGAAGUUCGAUAAAAAAGAUGUUGACAAUGCAAUUGAUUGGGCGAUUCGACGCUAUGAUGCCAUUCAUGAGUUUCACAAUUGGGCGCAAGACAACAACGUCACAAUACCGAAGAUCAAAAAUCUAUCUGUUGUUCCAUUGCCAGAUUAUCAACGAAAGGCAGUGUUCAUGUGCAAUGAUGUUUUUUACAGAAUGUUGGCAGAAGAGAAACUCCUUCCAAAAGUCGAAGGUAAACAAGUUACCGAAAAUUUCAUUCGCGAAAACAAAGAACACUUCUGGAACCAAAUAUUCGAUUUUGACAAAAUCAAUCGAAUAUUGAAGAAAAAGAAAGAGUUUCAUUUUACUAUUGUCAGCAACGGUGAAUCAGUAUCGGUAUUGUAUAAAUUGUCAAAACACCAUCUUCAACGGUUGCUGGAUGAUGAUAUUGUGAGGAAGCGAUACUUAGAUGGAACGUUUGUUUAUGAACUGGGAAUCGAUCCGGGUAUGAAGACAUGGAAUGCGACAGUCAAUACUCGCAAAGAAGUCAACUUGAAAAUAUCUAGUAAAAAGUACCAUUGGCUCACGAAAUAUAAAAUGCGCGACAAAAAGGCCAAGCGCUGGACGAAGCAGUUCACUUGGGAUGAGCAAAAUGAUCGAAACAAUCGACAGCUGUACCAGCGAAUGCCAUCACCGCUUGGUACACUUUGGACUGAUUACAUUCGCCAUCGGAUAAAAAUGCUCAAGAAAGGAAUGGACAAAAUAUGCGCGCUUGAAGUUUGACAAGUAUGUUGAGUCCAAUAGUACUAUAGAUAAUCUUUGCGGCACUUUGGUU